AUGUCUAAACAUGCACGAGACACUGAUAAGACUUUUUCAAAGCUUGCAUACAGGUUUUCUUCAUCUCUAUGCCCUCUGGAUUUGGUUAUUAAACACCUUUAUGAGGAGGCAUUACUCUCUACAAGGCUACUUACACUGGACACCUUGUCUUCACUCAAUGAAAUACGAAGAGAUAAAGCACUUAAGUCAUUUAUUUCUAACCACCAGCCCAGCUCUGAGAAUGAAACAGUUUUCGGAACAGAAUUGCAAAACAUUAUCGAAAAAGAGAAUAGAGAAGCAAAGAUUCAGGCAUGGAAACAUUUACAGGGGCGGUCUUCAGACAGAUCGCCCAAACCAACAAUAAACAUAAAGGUAGCUAGAAGAGAUUUGAGGAAAGCCUAUCCCUCCCAAUAUACAACAAGAAGUUUCAAGGUUGUUAGACCAGAAAGUGAUAUGCGAAUUCCUUAUCAACAAACCUUGUUUCAUGUCGAAUAUUUUUUUAGUCCUGAAAAAAGCUGGUGCUCACAGAUUAGUAAUAGAUUUACGAGAACUAAACAACUAUAUUCACUAUAUGCAUUUCAAAAUAGAAGGCUUGGACCUCGUAAAAGCAUUAAUACAGCCCAAAGACUUUAUGAUAUCGAUAGAUAUCAAAGAGGCCUUUCACCAUGUACCAUUACAUCAAGAAGCCCAAAAAUAUUUCGUGUUCAAAUGCAACGGAAAGUUUUAUUGUUACACAUGUCUUCCCUUUGGGCUGUCAACCAGCCCACGAACAUUUACAAAGGUCCUUCGACCUGUAGUAAAGUUAGCAAGAGAAAUGAACAUCAGACUAAUCACUUACCUGGAUGA